AGCUCCCUCUCUCUUUCGUCUCUCCCCCAUCUGGACCUCUCCCUAAGCUCACAACAAAUAAACCGUGUGCAACUGCUGAAUUACGAGGAGCUCCACCCGGUCGAUCAGCCAGAAGAAGAAUGGCCGUAAACCUCCCAGUAUCUCAGCCUUCUUCCGGCCUAUGCGUGAAACCCCACCAACAGCGGGGCCAUGGCUCGACCGCCGCGGCAAUGGCGGCCGUGGCCGCGCCGCCCUCCACGUUCGCUCCACAGACGACACGGCUCUCUGCUGAUCCGUCCAUCGCGGUGAACACCAAAAACACAACGCUGGCAGCAACGGUCGCCAUGACUGAAAGAGUGACGAAGAAGAAUGAUGAGACGCUGGCGAGCAUGUGGCGGGAGAUUCAGGGCACCGGCAACUGGGCUGGCUUGGUGGAGCCGCUGCACCCACUCCUCCGGGCCGAGAUCGUCCGGUACGGCGAGCUUGUAGCGGCCACGUACAAGGCGUUCGACCUCGACACAUGCUCCAAGCGUUACCUCAACUGCAAGUACGGCAAGGCACGAAUGCUUGAGGCUAUGGGCAUGGCCGGCGCCGGGUACGACGUCACGAGGUACAUCUACGCAACACCGGACAUCGCGCUUCCUGGAGCGGCGGAGCCUUGCCCUAUCCGGUGGAUCGGGUACGUGGCGGUCGCGUCCGACGAGACGGUGCGCCGCCUCGGGCGCCGCGACAUCGUCGUGUCCUUUCGUGGCACGGUCACCGGAUCGGAGUGGGUGGCCAACAUGAUGAGCUCCCUCGAGCAGGCGAGGUUCGAUCCGUCGGACCCACGCCCAGACGUGAAGGUCGAGUCGGGCUUUCUCUCUGUCUACACCUCCGACGACGCCACCUGCCGCUUCACCUGCGGCAGCUGCCGAAACCAGCUCCUUUCUGAGGUGACUCGCCUGAUCAACAAGUACAGACAAGAGGACAUCAGCAUCACGCUGGCCGGCCACAGCAUGGGCAGCUCCCUCGCCCUUCUCUUCGGGUACGACCUUGCCGAGCUUGGUCUCAACCGCGAUGGUGGUGGCGAUACCGUGCCGAUCACCGUCUACUCUUUUGCUGGCCCGAGGGUUGGCAAUGCUGGGUUCAAGAAUCGGUGCGACGAGCUCGGGGUGAAGGUGCUAAGGGUGGUAAAUGUCAAUGAUCCUAUCACCAAGUUGCCCGGCAUCUUCUUGAACGAGAACUUUUUGGGGGCCAGGUUGGAGCUUCCAUGGAGCUGUGCGUGUUACACGCAUGUUGGUGUCGAGCUUGCCCUGGAUUUCUUCAAAGCGAGAGAUCCUGCUUGCGUGCAUGACCUAGAAUCCUAUAUAGGGUUGCUCAAGUGCCCUAAGAUUGCAAAGGUGAAAAGAGAGCAUCUUUUAAGCAAGGCAAUGAAGUUCGUGCUUCAACAGAGUUUUGAUACUUGGAGGUGGCAAAUGGCUGCAAUCCAAGUUGGUGAGUUAGUACAAGCCAUGGGGUUGUAGAUUUAUACAGGGUCCAAUUUCGUUCCCAUUUUUGGGGGAUAUGAAACAUACAUGCCCUUGUAAAUUCAUUCAUUUUGUCAAUAAAACGAGGUAGAGAAGAGUGGAAAUUAGAAAAAAAAAUCACCAGUAUUGUACAUGAGAAAGGUAACAAAAAAUAAUCAAAACAAUAGUGGUCAUAGUUAAUAGAAAUACUUAUGUCAUCAAUCCUACUAACAAAAAUG